AUGUCGCAGGUGGAUACCGAGGGGAAAUGAGUAACAAGAUGGACGGUUCAGCGGGAGAGGGUGCCAAAGCCAAUGGGCCCAUUGCAGAACCUAACACCCCCACAAGUACAAUGGGCGCCCCUCUGUCCCCAGAAGAGCUGGCCGAAGAGCAGCAAUCAUCCCUGACAGAUGUCACUCAAAUGUGGAUUAACUUUGCCAAGACUUUUGCCCUAAUAUUUCCUAUCUACGUCUUGGGAUAUUUUGAAUUCAGCUUUAGCUGGGUUCUGAUUGGACUUGCAAUGCUUUUCUACUGGAGGAAGAACUAUGGCAACGGGGACUACAGGAUAAACCGUGCCUUAGCGUUCCUGCAGCAGGAGGAGAAAGCGGUGAAGCAAAGUGUGCCAACCACAGAGCUGCCACCAUGGGUCCAUUAUCCAGAUGUGGAAAGAGUGGAAUGGCUGAAUAAGACGGUGAAGCAGAUGUGGCCGUUUAUCUGCCAGUUUGUGGAGAAGCUGUUCAGAGAGACAAUCGAGCCGGCGGUGAAGGGCGCCAACCCUCAUCUCAGCACCUUCUGCUUCACCAAGAUUGACAUGGGCGACAAGCCGCUGAGAGUGAAUGGAGUGAAAGUUUACACAGAAAAUGUGGACAAGAGGCAGGUUAUCAUGGACCUGCAGAUCAGGUAG